AUGGACGAAUCUUGGCGUAUGAAGAUGGGUUUAACUGCUGAUCCAUUCUUCUCCAUUGCUCGAAAAUCCAUGGACGCUCGAAUAGACGCCGAAGACUUCGCCGAUGUCUUCGGCGGUCCGCCACGAAGCCUCCUCACUCGGAAACUCUCCGGCGACUUCUCCCGUUCCGACUGUUUCUACGACGAGGUUUUCCGUCCGCCGGGAGUUCGCUCCGGUGAUUCCCUUCCGUCUUCUAAAUCUCACGGCAGAAAUCUACCGACGUUCAGGAUUCCUUCAAGCGGAGAUGGAUUUUACGACGGAGUGUUCGGCUGUCGCAGCGGAGGAGGCGGCGGCGGAACAGCCAGGGAAGGCACGAAGAAACAGAGCCCGAUCGCGAAAUCGAGGUCGAAUUCUUCGUCAGUGCUCACUUCCGAGGAGGUCAGCCCUCAUUAUCCUCCACCGGCGGCGACUUCCGGCGACGACGCUGGAUUUUCUUCUUUUACUUCUAGACUCAGACCGUUAAACGUCCCGUCGAGAAGUCAUAAUAAGCGGGAAACGAAGAAACAGAGUUUCCCGGCGUUUCCAGCAUCCGGAGAUUCAUUUUCCGGCCACGAAAACGCACCGGAAAAAUCAGAUUUUUACUACAAAAAACCACAAUUCGGCGGAUCGAGAAGAGCCUCGCCGGAGACGAUGAGCUUAGAUCCAAAUUCCUUCAGGAGAAUGGAUGAUUACGGACCGAGCUCUCCGGCAUCUUCCCCUGUUUCUUCUUCCUUCAUCUGCGAAGAAAACGAAACAGAGGCAAAACAGAGAACGACCGGAGACUGUGAAGUCGAAGUAGAAGAGGACGAAGAAGAAGAAGAAGAGAUGAGCUCUUACGUAAUCGAAAUAAACUCAGAUCGAUUCGAUCGUUACAGAGAAGAAGGAGGAGGAGGAGGAGGAAAUUCGGACUCCAACGACAUGGAUGAAGCAAUAGCUUGGGCUAAAGAGAGAUCUCAACGCCCAGAAGCAAAACAUACAGAAGAAGACGUAAUAGAUUCAAGAAGAAGCGAAGAGGAAGCCAAAUCAGAAGAAGAGAUGGAGAUAGAGAUGAAAGAUGAAGAGAUAAGAAUCUGGUUGACCGGAAAAGAGACCAACAUCAGACUUCUCCUCUCAACUUUACAUCAUGUUCUUUGGUCAAAUAGCAAUUGGCACGCGAUUCCUUUAUCAAAUCUUCGAGAUGGAUCACAAGUGAAGAAAGCUUACCAAAAAGCUCGGCUUUGUUUACAUCCAGAUAAGCUUCAACAGAGAGGAGGAGCUUCACCGAUUCAGAAAUCUGUUGCCAGCAAAGUUUUCUCCAUUCUUCAGGAAGCGUGGGCCGUGUACGUCACAAAUGAAGGACUCUCGAGCUAA